GUGGAGGAGGUACGCCGUGUCAAUAAAAAGCAUUGGGCACUGCCAAACAGGUUUUCGAAGCGUUUUCUGAACGUUACCCGUGCGGCCUCGGAGGAGUACUUGCGUAAAAUUCAGGGCCUUGAGCCUUGCAUUGCAUUUUUUGCCUACGUGAUGUCGAACUCAAACUCUAGUAUGGGAACUGACCGUCCUCUCCGGAAAUCCAACACCCAUUUCUUGUCCAGACGUGACGUCCACGGGUCCAUCAUAUCCUCAGACGCCAGACAUCCUUCCCCCGCUCCCAUUCGCAUUCCGUCCGAUUACUUUGACAUCCAUUCACGGUCCCAAUUGAGUCCUGGUCGUACUUUUCAUGCUCACGAUCUUCCCCGGAACCUUUCCAGGAAGAUUGAUCACGACAAAGGCAAAGAGAAAGAGAAAGCGAACGAGCUUUCCUACGCAUUCCCAACUGUGGAUCUUGCUCUCGAGGUGCCCGACUUCUUGUCGGGAGCUGAUAUCACUCCAAAGGUCCUGCGUCACCGGACACGCACAGGUCCAUCAUCCGCCAAGCCAAAGUGGAAAGAGACCCCCAUUCCAUCACUUCGGCUCUCUGAAACCUCGAGUCUCGCCGAAUCUCCUCCGCAAACACCAAUAGAUUCAUCUUCCAUCAGGAACUACUCGCUCGGCCAUUUUCCGGUAGUCGUUUCAGCUCCGGUUGCCGGGGUGGAGGCCAUGGACGCGUUGGUUGAUGGAAUGAAUGGGUUUACGAUGGAAGAUUUCUUCGGAAAAAGCUCCUCUAGUCGCUCAAGGUUUGGUAAUGCAAGGUACCACCCUUUAUACCUACCACCUCUACCCACUCCUCCACCCGGCGUAGUCCUUGGCAAAGGGAAAAGUCGACGAAAGGAGAAAAUCGUGCCUUCAGAUGAAGAUGACGACGAACCAAGACCAUCGCAUCCCGCUCGUCGUGCUCGCCGCACUCAUGCACGACCUGGUUCUGCACGCAAGGGUUCUUCGUCUACAAUCACAGUUGACUCGGGGUUGUAUGAGGUCACGCUAGUUGAUAACCCCGUUGAUGACCUUCCAGUCGCUCUUGUGCAACCACCAGAGCGUCCAAGGACUGUGGUUCCUUCUAUAUCGGAAAUCAUCCGGAACCAUGCUCCAGCUUCUGCUCGGAACCUUUCUAGAGAGCCUUCAAAACACGGGUCCAGUUGUACUCACAGCGAUGGCCGCAACAAUGGGGUCGAGAACGAGGAAUCCGAGCUUGAGCCACUCAUGACUGAUAAAGAAGCUGAACCGGUGGGCAGAUCCUCCAUUGAUAGUAUUGCAGACGAAGUCCGCCGCACGUUCCAUAACCAGAAGAACUCACAUGUUGUGGCCCCGUUUGGAUCACCUCAUGCUCCCCCACUCACCGCCACACCCUCAAACACGUCGGACAGCUCAAGUGUGUGCCUUCACGGGGCAGCCUCGGACGUUUAUACCAAUUCAUCCACUGCAUCAGCACGCGAUUCACUGCAAUCAUUGGACCCUAUACCCAUUUCCACUUCUCCUACAUCCGUGCCACAAGCCAUAGCAGAAUAUCUUCACUCCGCUAGAUUGACGACUUUGCUGAAACUCACGCGAUUCCCUCACGCCUCACUUGAUCACCCUCUGACUGUUAGUCUUGCCGAUAUGGGUGAUCCAAAUGGUUUUCCUCUCAUUGUAUUUCUUGGUCUGGGCUGUGUCAGACAUGUCAUGGGUUUGUAUGAUGAAAUGGCAGACUGUCUUGGCCUCCGCCUGAUCGCCAUUGACAGAUGGGGUCUAGGCCGUACCGAGACUCCCCAUUCCAAAUCUGCUAGAGGCAUCAUGGAAUGGGCGGCAGCUGUCGAGGAGGUGCUUGACCAGCUGAAAAUCAAUGAAUGCAGCGUCGUUGCUCACUCAGCUGGCGCACCCUACGCUUUGGCUUUUGCGAACCGUGUUCCUACUCGUAUUCGGGGUGACCUUUGUCUGCUAGCGCCAUGGAUAGGCGGCUCCGAAAGCGGAGGGUACCGGUGGCUCAAGUACGUUCCAAAUGGCAUUUUGAAGACUGCACAGGCAGCGGAAUGGAAGAUCCAGGCAUGGAUGCUAGGAAAGCCGCCAACUGUUGCUUACCGAGGAAUUGGUUACACUGCACCACCAUCUCCCAGAUUUCAGAAUGGAAAAUCGCCGUCUGGCAAUGGAGUCGAGACUCUGUCGCGGCCUCAGAGCCCUGGCCGACACAGCGUUUAUCCAUCGGAUAUUACAAAGAGACGGAUGAGUUUGGGCUCUGUUCUGUCCAGUGAUUAUGAUGAUCUACGAGAUUUCGAUGGUCGCUUUGGGAGCCAAAGCACACUUGGCGCACGUUCGAUGACACAGUCGAGCAGAGGAAAGCCUUCUCGAGGAAUUCUAGGCAGGCUUAAAUCGUCCAAAGCAAUUUCCCAACCUCCUUCGCCUGCUACUGAGACUCCUCCCACCUCAACCGUCGUGAAAACGCUCAAGACUCUCAGAUCCAUGGGCUCCCUCAAGGGCAAAUCAUCUUCCGCUCCCAAUACAAUCAAGAAGGUCGAUGCUUCAAGUCCACAGCUGCCUCAACCAUUGUCGUUAGACAUGGGUUUAGGACUUGGUGAAAUCGAUUGGAGUACCACGAAGGCUCGAUCUUCACCUAGUCCUACGCCAACCCCUCUACCUCCUCCACUCCUUAUCAAACCAACCAAAUCCGUCGGAUCGUCCGCUGAUUGUGCGUCCCUCAAACUUCUUCCCCGGCAAACCGGCCGGCGUUCCAUAUCCUUCAGUGUGUCCAGCGCAAGUGCACCAAGAUCAAGCCCGCCGAGCGUCCCGUCAUCUCCUCCUGCGAGCACUUUAUCAUCUCCGCAUGUGAGCGCUCAAACUGCAUCCACUGCGUAUCAAGCUGCUCUUGGCAAUGCACUCAUUGCGGCGUCUCACGCCGAAGCAUCGAAGGGGACGCACAGCGACCUUCUGCAGAUCCUCAAUCAUGACAACCGUCCCUGGGGCUUCUCCUACAGUGACUUCCCUCACAAAGUCCAGGUUUGGUACGGAGACAGGGACGAGAAGAUUGCUGAAAAUGCAGUGAGGUGGAUGGAAAAGGCGAUGGGCGAAGAUCGUUGUCACGUCAAAGUCGUGAAAGGUGCUGACCAUGCACUCAUGUAUAAGAGCUCGGUUGUUGUGGAGGUUCUGGAGCGAGUUAGAGAGUUCUGGUGAAGUUGUUUUUCGCUUUGCAUCUUGUUUUGCUUUUUACUUGCUUUGGAGGGACAGCUUUUCGCGCAACGUCUCUCUUCUUCAGCUUACAUCUACGCUAAUACAAGCUUCCAUAACACGAUUCUCCUUGCGAUUACAUUCCCGUUUCUUGUACAUACCCACGUUCGCAGCAUCGGAAG